AUGGCAAAGGCGGAUUAUGACUUUACAACUCGUAAUGAGCUUAAAAGCGUGAAAAUAUUUGACGAAAGGCCUGAGCUUUCCCCUACUCAAAAGAAGCUUCAGAAACAAGGAUAUUUUAUACCUAAUUCCAGAGCUGGAAUUGGAUAUCAGUCUUCUGAACCAGUCCGAAUAACUGGUAAAGGAAAAACAAAAGUUGCUAAUACAUGCCACAUUACAGUUGAAGAAAGUAAAGAUUCUGAAGAGGGCAAAAAAGAUAGAAGUCAAAGAACUUCAGUUUUUGAUCGCAUUGCUUUUUCUGUUAUACGUCCUUCAGACUUCCAGAGGGUGAGUACAUCGAUAGCGAAAGACAGUAAUCAAGUUUCAACCUGUAGCUCCAGUCGACUUUCUUCCUUUCAAAGGUUAAACACAAAUGCAAAGAAAGUACAAUCUAUAAGCCCAACUCCGACCACAAGAAAAUCUGCCUUCAAAAGGUUAAGCGUGUCAGUAACAAGAGGCCAAAAGAAAGCCUCCAUAUCCGUCUCAAACAAAUCUAGCCUAGUGACAGAAGACGAGGAAAUUCGUAGUGCAUUUCCAUCAAGAAUGAAAAGAAAGAUGUUCGUCUCAGUAAAUACAGAGGGUUCAUUGAAAGUAAAGCGACAUGAUGUUGUUUUUACUCGACCUGAAGAUAAUGAACCAGAAGAUGAAGUAGAUGUGGCAGGUUGUUGUCAUGUUACAAUAGAAGAGACAUCUAAUCAUGAUAUAUUUGAACAGGAUGCCAAAGCGGCUCCGUUAUCACUUGAGGAUGGGGGUCAAUCAAUGAUUGACGAGUUAAAAGAAGUCAAUCUUGGUACGAAAGAAGAACCUCGUCCAACCUUCAUAAGCACCCAACUUUCUGACAAUGAUGAAAAUGAGUACGUAAACUUACUCAAAGCAUAUAAAGAUGUCUUUGCAUGGUCAUAUAAGAAAAUGCCUGGACUCGACCCAAAGGUGGCCGUUCAUCGCUUAGCGAUCAAACCAGAGCAUCGGCCAGUUAAGCAAGCCCAACGACGAUUUCGACCAGAACUCAUUUCUCAAAUUGAGGAAGAGGUAAAUAAGCUCAUUGAGGCUGGAUUUAUUCGUGAAGUCAAGUACCCAACAUGGAUAGCUAAUAUUGUUCCCAUAAGGAAGAAGAAUGGCCAACUACGUGUUUGUGUCGAUUUUUGCGACCUAAAUAACGCAUGCCCAAAAGAUGACUUUCCUUUGCCUAUCAUGGAAAUCAUGAUAGAUGCAACUGCAGGGCAUGAAGCUUUAUCUUUCAUGGAUGGGUCGUCAGAAUAUAAUCAGAUUAGAAUGGCUCUAGAUAAUAAGGAGAAAACAGCAUUUCAAACUCCAAAAGGUAUAUACUGUUAUAAGGUAAUGCCUUUCGGAUUGAAAAAUGCAGGUGCUACAUACCAGCCCGCUAUGCAAAGGAUCUUUGAUGAUAUGCUGCAUAAACACAUUGAAUGUUAUGUUGACGAUCUCGUAGUCAAGUCCAAGAAGAAAUACAAUCACUUGAAAGACCUGAAGCUGGUACUUGAUCGCCUCAGAAAAUAUCAACUAAGAAUGAACCCUCUCAAGUGUGCAUUUGGUGUAACUUCAGGGAAGUUUUUAAGAUUUAUAGUGAGACAUCGCGGCAUCAAAGUUGAUCACUCAAAAAUUGAUGCUAUCCAGAAGAUGCCAAGUCUGAAGAACCUGCACGAAUUGAGACGAUUGCAAGGUCGUUUGGCUUACAUUAGAAGGUUUAUAUCUAAUCUUGUAGGUCGAUGUCAACCAUUCCAAAGAUUAAUGAGGAAGGAUGCAGUCUUUGAUUGGGACCAGUCAUGCCAAAAUGCAUUUGAUAGCAUAAAGAAGUAUCUGUUCAACCCUCCGGUCUUAAGUGCGCCUGCAGUCGGAAAACCAUUAAUAUUGUAUAUUGCGGCUCAAGAGACUUCGCUCGGGGCAUUACUUGCACAAGAAAAUGAUAAGGGUAAGGAAUGUGCACUCUACUAUCUAAGUAGAACUCUGAUGGGAGCUGAAUUAAAUUAUUCUCCAAUUGAGAAAAUGUGUGUCGCCCUCUUCUUUGCAAUAGAUAAACUGAGACAUUAUAUGCAAGCCUUCACUAUACACUUGGUGGAAAAAGUUGAUCCUGUCAAAUAUAUCUUAUCAAGGUCAUUCAUCUCGGGACGCCUCGUGAAGUGGGCUAUUAUACUCCAACAAUAUGAUAUUGUAUAUAUCCCUCAAAAAGCAGUGAAGGGCCAAGCAUUGGCAGAUUUCCUGGCUGAUCAUCCAGUUCCAUCAAAUUGGAAGUUAUGUGACGACUUACCUGAUGAGGAAGUAUUGUUUAUUGAAAGCAUGGAGCCUUGGAUCAUGUUCUUUGAUGGUGCGGCACGAAGAAGUGGAGCUGGUAUUGGCAUUGUCUUCAUUUCUCCUGAGAAACAUAUGUUGCCAUAUAACUUCACACUCGGUAAAUUGUGUUCAAAUAAUGUUGUCGAGUACCUAGCCUUUAUUAUCGGCCUCCAAAUGGCUUCAGAAUUUGGGAUAAAGUGCAUAGAAAUAUUCGGUGAUUCGAAGUUAAUCAUAAAUCAGCUCUCUUAUCAGUACGAGGUAAAGCAUCAAGACUUGAAGCCUUACUUUAGUUAUGCUAGAAGAUUGAUGGACAGAUUUGACAGCAUAAUGUUGGAGCAUAUACCGAGAUCAGAAAAUAAGAAAGCUGAUGCACUUGUAAAUUUGGCCACUGCUUUAGCAGUCUCAGAAGAUAUACCAAAAAACAUUUCCCUUUGCCAAAAAUGGAUUGUGCCUUCAAUUGAAAGUCAAUACAAAGAAGCUGAUGUGAUAUCUGUGUAUGCAAUUGAUGAAGAAGAUUGGCGCCAACCCAUUAUAGACUAUUUGGAGCAUGGAAAACUUCCCACCGAUCCUCGACAUAGAGCUGAAAUACGUAGAAGAGCUGCGUGA